UUACGAACCGAGCGGUAUUUCAGAUGCACGCUGAGUAAUAUCAACAACCUGUGACGGCACAGGUUACAUAGCGAAAUAUUUCAUUUAUUUUUACCAUAUUGUCAGCGUUUUAGUGAAAAUGGACGACCAGGAAAUGCAGCUGAAAGUUAAACGAGUAACGGAUAAGUUCACGGAGAGCAUGUAUGUUUUGGCGAAUGAACCCUCCAUAGCUCUGUACCGCUUACAGGAGCACGUCAGGAGAUCACUGCCGGAGCUGGUUCAGCAUAAGACAGACAUGCAGAGCUGGGAGGAACAGAGCCAGGGCGCAAUAUAUACUGUGGAGUAUGCUUGCAGUGCUGUGAAAAGCAUGACCAACAGCAGUCUCUACUUUAAAAACAUUGACGGGCUGCUAAGGCAAGCGAUCGCAAUGAAGGAAAAGAUCAGCAGUUCUCAAGGACGAAGUGGUGUGAAGCCUGCACCCAAUCACAAUGACCCUCCAACACAUGUCUCUUCCACAUCAUCUUGACAUAUGGAAAUCUAUUGCCAAGGAAAAGAGCUGUGGAUCCUAGUAUAAUGAGGGAUGGUGGUGAGAAGCAGAAUUCUGGGAUAUGAACUGCAGUUACUGGUCUGCAGAAUGGACACUGAGCCAGAAAGAGCCUCAUUCCAUCUUAAGAGUGCAAUUCCUUUUGGAUUUCAGGCUUUUGGCACUCAGCACUGGGCUGGAGUGAAAGCGUGCCCUUUGCUAGAUUCUCAGUUACAGUAUUUUAUCAAGAGUUUGAAAGAAAGGAUUGUUCUCAGCUGCAAUUAAAUACAUUGCCAUAAUCCUGAAAUACUGUACAAUACUACUAAUAUUGCAUUAUGAAUGCUUACUUUUAACAUGAUAUUCUGAAAUAUUGUUUUUUUUUACUGAUUUAACAUUGAUUUGUAGGCUAUGUGUCAUUAAAAUGACUGAGAAUAUAA